GGAAGGUAACUGCUCCGAUCAAGUCACAGUUAAUCGGUUUAUCCUCUAUUCUAAUUCUGAAUUCAUAGCGCCUACAACAAACCCCUUACCCGGUUAAGAAUAGCCACUAUCAUGGCACCCGGAACCAGACUAGCCGGCAAAGUCGCCAUCGUCACGGGUGGAGCAUCCGGGUUUGGCCGUGGCAUCGCAACCAAGUUCGUCCAAGAAGGAGCCAAUGUCAUCAUCGCCGACUUGUCCGCAGAAGCCGGCCAGGCGCUAGCCAAAGAAUUGCAAUGCAACUUCACAUUGGCUGAUGUGACGAAACGGGAUUGCUGGGAACACCUGCUAAAAGUAGCCAUUGACAACUUCAAACAGCUCGAUAUCGUCGUCAACAACGCCGGCAUCACUUACCCCAACAAAGCGACGGCGGACGUCACCGACAAAGACUUCGAUCUCGUCAUGAACGUCAAUGUCAAAUCCAUAUAUCUCUCGACGAAUAUUCUGCUGCCAUACUUCCUUGAGAACAAGAAGCCGGCAUGCUUCAUCACGGUGGCUUCGACCGCCGGGGUUCGACCACGACCCAGAUUGACGUGGUACAAUGCGUCCAAGGCGGCAGCCAUCAAUGCGACCAAGACCAUGGCGGUCGAGUAUGGCCCUCAACAAAUUCGCUUCAACUCCGUUUCUCCGGUUAUAGGGACUACGGGAAUGACACAUCUGUUCUUAGGGAAGCCAGAUACCGAAGAGAACCGUAAACAAUUCCUGUCGGUUGUGCCACUUGGUAGAGGUUCUACACCAUCGGACGUAGCCAAUGCUUGUUGCUACCUUGCAAGCGAGGAGGCCGCUUUCAUCACUGGAGUCAAUAUCGAAGUUGAUGGUGGGAGAUGUGUUUGAGAAGAGGCCGAGAGAGCGUUGUGGGCUCAAACCUGUUGGCCGCCACUAUUUCGUAACGCUGCACUUUUGAAUUGCAACAGGCUUUUGUUUUUCUCCCGUGAGGCGGCUUUCUGGGUCUCGGUCAGGAUGUUUAAUUACAUUAUGCCUUAACAUACAAAGUUAAUUGCCGUAGGCCUUGCCUGAGGGGCCGGAGUGCUAAUGAGUAACUCAAACAUCCUGU